AGGAAGAAGAACUACCCUAAGUCUUCUGAAUUAAAACUGAGACUCAAUCUACAUUGAACUUCCUCAGAAAGUGUGGACUAGGAAGAAGAACUAUCCUAAGUCUUCUGAAUUAAAACUGAGACUCAAUCUACAUUGAACUUCCUCAGAAAGGAAUCAUGAACAUUGAAGCAUAUUUUGAAAGAAUUGGUUAUAAGCACUGUAGGAACAAAUUGGACUUGGAAACAUUAACUGACAUUCUUCAGCACCAGAUCCGAGCCAUUCCCUUUGAGAACCUUAACAUCCAUUGUGGGGAAGCCAUGGAAUUGGGCUUAGAGGCCAUUUUUGAUCAAAUUGUGAGGAGGAACCGAGGUGGGUGGUGUCUACAAGUCAAUCAUCUUCUGUACUGGGCUCUGACCACAAUUGGUUUUGAGACCACGAUAUUGGGAGGGUAUGUAUACAACACUUCAACAAACAAAUAUAGCCAUGCCAUGAUUCACCUCCUGCUGAAGGUGACCAUUGAUGGCAGGAGCUACAUAGCUGAUGCUGGAUUUGGACGCUCUUACCAGAUGUGGCAGCCUCUAGAGUUAAUUUCUGGAAAGGAUCAGCCCCAGGUGCCUUGCAUCUUCCGCUUGACAGAAGAGAGAGGAAUCUGGUACCUGGACCAAAUCAGAAGAGAGCAGUAUAUCCCAAACCAAGAAUUUCUUAAUUCUGAGCUCCUGGAAAAGAAUAAAUAUCGGAAAAUCUACUGUUUUACUCUUGAACCUCGAACAAUUGAAGACUUUGAGUCUGUGAAUAUAUACCUUCAGGAAUCUCCAGCAUCUGUCUUUACAAGCAAGUCAUUUUGUUCCUUGCAGACCCCAGAAGGUGUUCACUGUUUAGUGGGCUUCACCCUCACCUACAGGAGAUUCAAUUAUAAGGACAAUACAGAUUUGAUAGAGUUUAACACACUGAAUGAAGAAGAAAUAAAAGAAAAUCUAAAAAAUAUAUUUAAUAUUUCCUUGGAGAAAAAGCUUGUCCCCAAACAUGGUGAUAAAUGUUUUACCAUAUAGAUAGAUUAAGCAGUAAAAAUGGUCUCAGGAUUACUUCUGGUGCUAUAACUUUUUAUUAUAAAAAAAUUUAAACAUCUAUAAAAGUAGAGAGAAUGAAAUAAUAAACCUCCAUUUGUUUAUCACUCACUUUAUCAGUUAUAAACUAGAGGCCUAUCUAUCAUAUUUUCUCAAUGCUCCCGCAUCAUAUUGAAGAAAAUGCUAGACAUCAAAUCAUUUCACCUUUAAAUAUGUCAGCAUAUAUAAUUAGAUAAUAUUUUAAAAAACAUAACCAUAAUUUUCAAAAAUAAUAAUAACAAAGAUGUUUUAAUGAUGGCCUAUGGUUUUCUUGAGGAAAAAGUUAUUUAUGCUAGAAAGCUUUCCACAUUGGUUGAAUGUUGAAUUCAUAAAACAUGUUUACCUAUCAUUCAGUAACUAGAACCUUGAGAGAAACUUUUUAAUUAAAUUCUACCAGUGUAUAUCCAAUGUCAUAUUUGUGCAGAAAUACCACAUGUAUAAUGGGAUUAUAAUUCAACCAAAAAGAAAGAGACAUGACAUUGCUUCCAAAUAACCUAAUAUUUCUCAAGAAAAUGUGUAAACCAAUACUUGUUAGCAUGUGAUCAAGUACCAAGCGAGGGACACAACUAAUAAUUUCUUACAUGGCUCUUUUUGCAACCACAGUUCUUCAAGUACCAUUUUUCUUAAUAUGGGAACACUACUAUUUAUAAUUUUUGAAAUUUUCGAACUCAGUAUUUUUGCUUAAAAGUAAUAAGUUCUGGGCUUCCCUGGUGGUGCAGUGGUUGAGAGUCCACCUGCCGGUGCAGGGGACAUGGGUUCAUGCCCUGGUCUGGGAAGAUCCCACAUGCCGUGGAGCAGCUGGGCCCAUGAGCCAUGGCCGCUGACCCUGCGUGUCCAGAGCCUGUGCUCCACAACGGGAGAGGCCACAACAGUGAGAGUCCCAUGUACCGCAAAAGAAAAAAAAGUUAUAAGUAAUGCAAAUUUAAAAAUACUUAUUAUCUAAAAACUUCAUAUUGGAAAAGUAUGUUAAAACAUGUUGGCCAGGGCUUCCUUGGUGGUGCAAUGUUUAAAAGUCUUCCUGCCAAUGCAGGGGACAGGGGUUCAAGCCCUGGGCCAGGAGGAUCCCACAUACCACGGACCAACUAAGCCUGUGUGCCGCAACUACUGAGCCUGUGCUCUAGAUCCCAUGAGCCACAACUACUGACCCUGCAUGCUACAACUACUGAAGUCCAUGUGCCUAGAGCCCAUGCUCCACAAUGGGAGAGGCCACUGCAGUGAGAGGCCUGCGCACCACAGCAAGGAGUAACCCCUGCUCACUGCAACUAGAGAAGGCCCGCAUGCAGUAACGAAGACCCAACACAGCAAAAAUUAAACAAAUAAAUAAAUAAGAUUUAAAAAACAUGUUGACUAAUACAAUAUCAGUCUUAAAAAAUUUUUUUGGCAGAGUUAGGUUAUUAUGGGGUUUCUUUUUUUUUUCCUGCAGUAGAGUCUUCCUUGAAUCCUCUUUCUUGUCUCCCAGUUCUAUUCUUUUACUUCCUUUUACACUUUGGUGUAAGAGAAAGAGUAUGAGCUUCAAAGUAUACAGUUCUGAGUUCAAAUCCUCUGGACACCAGGUGAAUUAAUUGAUGAAUCUGUGGCUCCCAUUCCUCAGGUUUGAAAUGGGAACAAUACAUAUAUGAAUAAGUGCCAAACCUAGAGCACCAUCUUCCUUCACUCUCGUUGGCCUUGUUCAGCUCUGCUGCUAUCUUGCAGCACGGUUAGGUCAUGUAUGGUACUGGUGGACAGAAAGGAUUUUCCCACAUUCUGAAAAGACAAUGCCAAGGGAGGAGAUGUAGGCAAGAGAUACUUUCCACAUCAAAAUGUGGCUCAAUAGAGGACCUUCAAGAUGACGGAGGACUCAGAUAUGGAGGUCACCUCCCCACAAAUAUAUCAAAAAUAUAUCUAUAUGUGGAACAACUCCUACAGAACACCUAAUGAACACUGACAUAAGAUCUCAGACUUCCCAAAAAGCAAGGAAAUCCCCACGUACCUGGCCGUGUGGCUGAUAGGGACUUGGUGCUCUGGCAGGAUAUCAGGCCUGAGCCUCUGAGGUGGGAGAACCAAGUUCAGGACAUUGGACCAGCAAAGACAUCCUGGCCAUACGUAAUAUCAAUCACCGAGAGUUCCCCAAAGAUCUCCAUCUCAACACUAAGAAACAGCUCCACUCAAUGACCAGCAAGCUCCAGUACUGGACACCCCAUGUCAAACAACCAGCAAGGAACAAAAACACACCCAUUAGCAGAAGACGGCCUAAAAUCAUAAGUUCACAGACACCCCAAAACACACCGACAGACAUAGUCCUGCUCACCAGACAGACAAGAUCCAGCCUCAUCCACCAAAACACAGGAACCAGUCCCCUCCAAUGGGAAGCCUACACAACCCACUGAACCAACCUUACCCACUGGGGGGCAGACAAAAAAAACAACGGGACCUACAAACCUGCAGUCUGCACAAAGGAAUACACAAUAAGUUAAGCAAAAUGUGAAGACAGAGAAAUAUGCAGCAGAUGAAAGAGCAAGGUAAAAACCCACCAGACCAAAUAAAUGGAGAGGAAAUAGGAAGUCUACGUGAAAAAGAAUUCAGAGUAAUGAUAGUAAAGAUGAUCCAAAAUCUUGGAAAUAGCAUGCAGAAAACAUAAGAAACGUUUAACAAGGACCUAGAAGAACUAAAGAGCAAACAAUGAUGAACAACACAAUAAAUGAAAUGAAAAAUCCUCUAGAAGGAAUCAAUAGCAGGAUAAAUGAAACAGAAGAACGGAUAAGUGACUUGGAAGAUAAAAUAGUGGAAAUAACUACCACAGAGCAGAAUAAAGAAAAACGAAUGAAAAAAAAUUGAGGACAGUCUGAGACGUCAGGGACAACAUUAAACACCACAACAUUCGGAUUAUAGGGGUCCCAGAAGAAGAAGAGGAAAAAAGAAGGGACAGAAAAUAUUUGAAGAGAUUAUAGUUGAAAACUUCCCUAAUAUGGGAAAGGAAAUAGUUAAUCAAGUCCAGGUAGCACAGAGAGUCCCAUACAGGAAAAAUCCAAGGAGAAACAUGCCAAGACACAUACAAAUCAAAGAAUCAAAAAUUAAAUACAAAGAAAAAUAUUAAAAGCAGCAAGGGAAAAGCAACAAAUGACAUACAAGGGAAUCCCCAUAAGGUUAACAGCUGAUCUUUCAGCAGAAACUCUGCAAGCCAGAAGGGAGUGGCAGAACAUAUUUAAAGUGAUGAAAGGGAAAAACCUACAACCAAGAUUACUCUACCCAGCAAGGAUCUCAUUCAGAUUCAACGGAUAAAUUAAAACCUUAACAGACAAGCAAAAGCUAAGAGAAUUCAGCACCACAAAACCAGUUUUACAACAAAUGCUAAAGGAAAUUCUCUAGGCAGGAAACAGAAAAGAAGGAAAAAACUUACAAUACUAAAAUGAAAAAAAUUAAGAAAAUGUAAUAGGAACAUACAUAUUGAUAAUUACCUUAAAUGUAAAAGGAUUAAAUGUUCCAAUCAAAAGACAUAGACUGGCUGAAUGGAUAGAAAAACAAGACCCUAUAUAUGCUGUCUACAAGACACCCACUUCAGACCUAGGGACCCAUACAGACUAAAAGUGAGGGGAUGGAAAAAGAUAAUCCAUGCAAAUGGAAAUCAAAAGAAAGCUGGAAUAAUACUUCUCAUAUCAGACAAAAUAGACUUUAAAAUAAACACUAUUACAAGAGACAAAGAAGAACAGUAUGUAAAGAUCAAGGGAUCAAUCCAAGAAAAAGAUAUAACAAUUGUAUAUAUUUAUGCACCCAAAAUAGGAGCACCUCAAUGCAUAAGGCAAAUGCUAAGAGCCAUAAAAGGGGAAAUCAACAGUAGCACAAAAAUAGUAGGAGAUUUUAACACCCCACUUUCACCAAUGGACAGAUCAAUGAAAAUAAAAUUAAAUAAGGAAACACAAGCUUUAAAUGACACAUUAAAUGAGAUGGACUUAAUUCGUCUUUAUAGGGCAUUCCAUCAAGAAACAACGGAAUACAGUUUCUUCUGAUGUGCUCAUGGAACAUUCUCCAGGGUAUAUCAUAACUUGGGUCACAAAUCAAGCCUUGGUAAAUUUAAGAAAAUUGAAAUCGUAUCAAGCAUCUUUUAUGACCACAAUGCUAUGAGACUAGAUAUCAAUUACAGGAGAAAAAACUGUAAAAAAUAUAAACACAUGGAGGUUAAACAAUAAGCUACUAAAUAACCAAGAGAUUAGUGAAGAAAUCAAAUAGGAAAUCAAAAAAUACCUAGAAACAAAUGGCACUGAAAACACGACAAGCCAAAAUCAAUGGGAUGCAGCAAAAGCAGUUCUAAGAGGGAAGUUUAUACCAAUAAAAUCCCACCUCCAGGAGCAAGAAAAAUCUCAAAUAAACAGCCUAAACUUACACUUAAAGCAACUAGAGAAAGAAGAAAAAUAAAACCCGAAGUGAGCAGAAGGAACGAAAUCAUAAAGAUCAGAUCAUAAAUAAAUGAAAAAGAAAUGAAGGAAACGAUAGCAAAGAUCAGUAAAACUAAAAGUUGUUUCUUUGAGAAGAUAAACAAAAUUGAUAGGCCAUUAGCCAAACCCAUCAAGAAAAAAAGGGAGAAGACUGAAAUCAACAGAAUUAGAAAUGAAAAAGGAAAAGUAACAACUGACACUGCAGAAAUACAAAGGAUCAUGAGAGAUUACUACAAGCAACUCUAUACCAAUAAAAUGGACAACCUGGAAGAAAUGGAAAAAUGCUUAGGAAGGUAUAAACUUCAGAGACUGAACCAGGAAGGAAGAGAAAAUAUAAGCAGAUCAAUCACAAGCACUGAAAUUGAAACUGCAAUUUAAAAUCUUCCAGUAAACAAAAGCCCAGGUCCAGAUGGAUUCACAGGCAAAUUCUAUCAAACAUUUAGGGAAGAGCUAACACCUAUCCUUCUCAAACUCUUCCAAAAUAUAACAGAGGGAGGAACACUCCCAAAUUCAUUCUACGAGGCCACCAUCACCCUGAUACCAAAACCAAACAAAGAUGUGACAAAGGAAGAAAACUACAGGCCAAUAUCACUGAUGAAAAUAAAUGCAAAAAUCCUCAACAAAAUACUAGCAAACAGACUCCAGCUGCACAUUAAAAAAGAUCAAACACCAUGAUCAAGUGGGGUUUAUCCCAGGAAUGCAUGGAUUCUUCAAUAUACAUAAAUCAAUCAAUGUGAUACACCAUAUUAACAAAUUGAAGGAGAAAAACCAUAUGAUCAUCUCAAUAGGUUCAGAAAUAUCUUUUGACAAAAUUCAACACCAAUUUAUGAUAAAAACCCUGCAGAAAGUAAGCAUAGAUGGAAUCUACCUCAACAUAAUAAAGUCCAUAUAUGAAAAACCCACAGCCAACAUCAUUCUCAAUGAUGAGAAACUGAAACCAUUUCCACUAAGAUCAGGAAGAAGACAAGGUUGCCCACUCUCACCACUCUUAUUCAACACAUUUUUGGAAGUUUUAGCCACAGCAAUCAGAGAAGAAAAACAAAUAAAAGGAAUCCAAGCCAGAAAAGAAGAAGUAAAUCUGUCACUAUUUUCAGAUGACCUGAUACUAUACAUAGGGAAUCCUAAAGAUGCUACCAGAAAACUACUAGAGCUAAUCAAUGAAUUUGGUAAAGUAGCGGAUACAAAAUUAAUGCACAGAAAUCUCUUGCAUUUCUAUACACUAAUGGUGAAAAAUCUGAAAGAGAAACUAAGGAAACACUCCAUUUACCAUUGCAACAAAAAGAAUAAAAUAUCUAGGAAUAAGAGUACCUAAAGAGACAAAAGACCUGUAUGCAGAAAACUAUAAGGCACUGAUGAAAGAAAUUAAAGGUGAUACAAAUAGAUGAAGAGAUAUACCAUGCUCUUGGAUUGGAAGAAUCAACAUUGUGGAAAUGACUAUAAUACCCAAAGUAAUCUACAGAUUCAAUGCAAUCCCGAUCAAACUACCAAUGGCAUUUUUCAUAGAACUAGAACAAAAAAUUUUACACUUUGUAUGGAAAAACAAAAGAAAGACCCUGAACAGCCAAAACAAUCUUGUGAAAGAAAAACGGAGCUGGAUGAAUCAGUCUCCCUGACUUCACACUAUAUUACUACAGUAAUCAAGACGGUAUGGUACUGGCACAAAAACAGAAAUAUAGAUCCCUGGAACAGGAGACAAAGCCAGGAGAUAAACCCACGCACAUAUGGUCACCUCUUUGAUAAAGGAGGCAAGAAUAUACAACGGAGAAAAGACAGCCUCUUCAAAAAGUGGUGCUGGGAAUACUGGACAGCUAUGUGUAAAAGAAUGAAAUUAGAACACCCCUUAACACCAUACACAAAAAUAAACUCGAAAUGGAUUAAAGACCUAAAUGUAAGGCCAGGCACUAUACAACUCUUAGAGGAAAACAUAGGCAGAACACUAUAUGACAUAAAUCACAGCAAGAUCCUUUUGGACCCACCUCCUAGAGAAAUGGAAAUAAAAACAAAAAUAAAUAAAUGGGACCUAAUGAAACUUAAAGGCUUUUGCACUGCAAAGGAAACCAUAAACAAGACAAAAGACAACCCUCAGAAUGGGAGAAAAUAUUUACGAAUGAAGAAACUGACAAAGGGUUAAUCUCCAAAAUUUACAAGCAGCUCAAUAUCAAAAAAACAAAAAACCCAAUCCAAACUUCGGCAGAAGAUCUAAACAGAUAUUUCUCCAAAGAAAAUUUACAGAUUGCCAACAAACACAUGAAAGAAUGCUCAACAUCCUUAAUGAUUAGAGAAAUGCAAAUCAAAACUACAAUGAGAUAUCAUCUCACACCAGUCAGAAUGGCCAUUAUCCAAAAAACUACAAACAACAAAUGCUGAAGAGAGUGUGGACAAAAGGGAACCGUCUUGCACUGUUGGUGGGAAUGUAAAUUGAUACAGUCACUAUGGAGAACAGUAUGGAGUUUCCUUAAAAGUCUAAAAAUAGAUCUACCAUACGACCCAGCAAUCCCACUCCUGGGCAUAUACCCUGAGAAAACCAUAAUUCAAAAAGAGUCAUGUACCACAAUGUUCAUUGCAGCUCUAUUUACAAUAACCAGAACAUGGAAGCACCCUAAGUGUCCAUCGACAGACGAAUGGAUAAAGAACAUGUGGCACAUAUAUACAAUGGAAUAUUACUCAGCCAUAAAAAUAAACGAAAUUGAGUUAUUUGUAGUGAGGUGCAUGGACCCAGAGUCUGUCAUACAGAGUGAAGUUAGUCAGGAAGAGAAAAAGAAAUACCAUAUGUUAACACAUAUAUAUGGAAUCCAAAAAAAAAAAAGAUCCUGAAGAACCUAGGGGCAGGAUGGGAAUAAAGAUGCAGACCUAGCAGAGAAUGGACUUCAGGACACAGGGAGGGAGACGGGUAAGCUGGGACGAAGUGAGAGAGUGGCAGGGACAUAUAUACACUACCAAAAGUAAAACUGAAAGCUAGUGGGAAGCAGCCGCAUUGCACAGGGAGAUCAGCUCAGUGCUUUUU